UAUGACAUCACUCUGACGCAAUCAAGUUUGUCUUGUGUAUCUUUUUGGGUCACGCGAACUGUCACCUGUUGUCGUUUUCGCAAGGACAGGAUGGAAAACGACCGGUGGAAAUAAAAUCAAUGAAUAUUUUUAUCAUUUUGUUCUCUCGGAAAGUGGAGUCAUCAUAAGUGAGCUCUUGUCGGUGACGUGUAGAAGGUGGGAGGGCAGUGAACGUGGAGCCAUCGGGCUGCAGCAGUGAGCAGCCUGCCUGUCAAACAUUUAGCAUCACAGCCAACAUGGCCGACUGGGACGCUGACAACUUCGAGCCUGAGGAACCGACUCAAAAGGCGCCACAGGACAAAUGGGAAGGCGAAGACGAAGAUGACGACGUUAAAGACAACUGGGAUGAUGAGGAAGAUGAGAAAAAAGAAGUGCCCAAAACCGAGGCAAAAGUUUCUGAAAAGAAAAAGUUGAGUGAGAAGAUUAAAGAGAGAGAAAACCGCUUAAAGAAAAAACAGGAGUUAAAAGAAAAAGAAUUGGAACAAGAGCUUACACCUGAAGAACAACUUGCAGAAAAGUUAAGAGUACAGAAGCUUCAGGAAGAUGCAGACUUGGAGUUGGCAAAGGAUGCCUUUGGGGUUGGCGGCUCUUCUGUACCUGGAAUCGAUGCGAUGUGUCCAUCUUCCAAAGAAGAAUUCACAGAGUUUGAAAAAUUGCUGAAGGAAAAAAUAUCCCAGUUUGAGAAAUCUGUGCAUUAUUCAAGUUUCUUGGAUUCAUUGUUUCGGGAACUCUGUAUUUCAUUGGAAGUUGAUGACUUGAAGAAAGUUAGUAAUUCCCUUUCUGUUCUACUAAGUGAAAAACAGAAACAAGAAAAGCAAAACAAAGGGAAAAAAAAGAAGAAAGGUGUUAUACCUGGUGGUGGUUUAAAAGCACAGAUGCGAGAUGACCUGGACUAUGGCAGUUUUGACGGCGGCUACGCCCAAGACUACGAGGACUUCAUGUGACACAGGCUCCAUGGCAAUGGUCCUGUUCCCCUUCCAACCCAGAUUUUUGCAGCUCUACCUUUGGCUGUCCAGUGCCAUCCUGGAAGAUCAGAACUAUGUGUUUCCCCAUUCAUCAUGCUUCAGUGACUUCAGGGACUGUACUAGAAGCAUCCAGUCUCACCUCCUCUUUUAUGUUCAUCCAUAUGGAAUUGCCUUUUCUCUCUUCAUGCAGCCUGGACUCAUAUGCACACACAUGAAUUAUUUAUCUGUUGGAUAACCCUGCUUAAAGAGAGUAUACUUGUAACUGCUACUGUCUGUUUUCGGAGCUCAUUUUCAAUGAAAUGUUGCUACUGGCCCAAUGGCAGACUGCAUUGCAGUUAUACAUGUAGUGACAUGGAAACAGAAGGUUCUAUGCAAACACUUGAACCAGAAUGUCAUGUAUAUAGUUUCGGUCUCACUUGAGGAUGGUUCUCUUACAGAUGAGUAUAUAGUAUCUAUAACUGGUUGCCAAAUACAAAUCAUUCACCCUGUUAUUCAUGUUAAUUCCAGAGGUUUUAUUCGGGUGACUGAAACUGACGUUAGUGGAGGAUGUUUAUUUACAGAAUUAAAGGGAAAGACAGAUAUGUUAAUUUUGGCUUAAAAACAUGACUGCCAUUUUCUUGGUCUCUGGUAUUUCUUCAAACAAUUGGAGACAAGCAUAUUAAGUUGUAUUUGUUGGUGCAUCACAAAUAAAAUUUGCUUUCCCAAACUAA